AUGUCGGUUGUACGUUUAGGCGGAGCUCUAAAAGAAUUAAGGAUUCAUUUGUGCCAGACAGGAAAGCAGUCGGCAGGAGUAAGGGACUUUAUACAGAAGAGCUAUGUAAACAUCAAAAAGGAAAAUCCUAAUUUUCCAAUUUUGAUUCGUGAAUGCAGUGGGAUUCAGCCCCGUAUUUGGGCUAGAUAUGAAAAAGGUGUAGAGCGUAGCACUCCACUGACCAACAUGACAGCAGAGGAUGUACUCAAUACCAUCAAGCAACUCGCUAAAUGA